AAAAGCAUCGGCCUAGAGAUCGAGCGAGGGCUACGGCGACUUAGCCUCUUGCGGGAACAUGGGAAUGCGGAGGAUAACCCAGUGGAAAUAGAGGAGAUAUAUGAACGUGUCUUGUCUGUAGAACGCCAGCGCCUUGCCGAGCGCUCCACAAGCAAGCAGCGCAACAGCAGCAUAGGAGUGCGGAAGGCAGGGAUGGUAUUCCUUGCGGUUGGCACCCUAAUCCGUGUUGGAUAUCCAUCCUUCAAUGACGUGCGGCAUCUCUCUCCUGCGGGCCAAGUUCUUGGAGAGGUCGAGGCACCAAUGCCGAAUUUGGAUAUGCCGUUCCUCAGAGCUGCUUCAUCUGACUCCCAUGUUCUCCAGCCGAUGACUGUUGAACCUUCUCGUGAAGCAGACACGGAGCGCAUUCUCGGUCGCGUCUCUGCCUGGACUUGUACGACUCUCUACCUUACGUCUAGAUUGCCCCAGAUCUGGAAAAAUUUUGUCCGCAAGAGCGUCGAGGGUUUAUCUAUGUCCCUUUUCGUUUGCGCGUUUUUUGGCAACUUCUUCUACGUCCUCUCUAUCCUCACGUCACCCCUCGCAAUAGGGCAGGAUGCGAGCGCGUUUCUCAUGGAGUCCAUCCCAUAUUUGCUAGGCAGCGGUGGGGUCUUGCUCUUCGAUCUCGUCAUAGUUCUUCAAGGGCAGAUGUACAAAAAUCGAAAGCCCAUGGAUUUCAACGACGCACACGAUUCUGAUGACGAAGACAUGCGGGGAAGAAGCCGAGAGAGGAGACCCUCUGCACGAGAGUCAAACGGGCUUUUGGAAUCAGACGAGCGCUUCGAAAGCUACGAUGCGACGCUGACACCAAACCAAGGAUGAAUUCAGCAGGUAGCAGCUUGUCUGAACGUUUCUAUAUAUGCAAUCGAGUUU